AUGGACGGGGAAUGGAGAGGCCGGGGUCCCAAAUGGCGUGGGAACUGGGACUUGAGUCAACCCGUGCCCGUAACCGGUGAGAAGCGUAAGCAGGGUGACAGCGACGAGGAUGCUGGGAGGUUACCUGCAAAAAUCCGGCGCAAAACGCUCCCUCGGAAUGCAACCCCGGGACCAUCGUUUGUCAAGCAGCAGAAGGCCGCUAACGGGGAAUUCGCAUCGCUGGGAGAGGAUGACUUCAUGGUGGGCUCUACCAGAUCCCGUACCGACGCUCGAGGUCGCAAUACACGCAAGUCAGGUGAGAUAUCCAUGCUAGAGACCAAAGGCUCGGGAAAGCAGACGCGCGACCCUAACCCAGUCGAUCCGGCGAAAGAGGGUCUGGUUCGGAAGAAGGUCGACAGCGCGAAGGGUAAGGGUAAGCAGAAAGCAAGUGGACGAGAGCCGCCAAAGACGAAGGUCAGAGGAAAGGCGCACGACGAGGGGGGGGCGAAGGGGAAGCGGGGGAAGGUCGAGGCGCGACCGCGUUUAUCCCCCGCCGCGAGAGACGAGGACGACACCGAAGAACUGGCUGAGCCACAGAUCUUCACCUCUUCUUUUAAAAUCAAGCUGCGUCCACUCAAGGCUGCCGCCGCGGCGAAGUAA